GCAAAUCAUCGGGAAUAUCUUGCUUUCCAAAUAGGUCGUUCAAAACCAAUGUUGCAAUUAUAAGAAAGCAAAAAGUUUUAUUUUUUCAAGUAUCAAGUAUGUUAGUAAAAUUAUAUGAAUAAUAUUAUUGAUUAGACUAGCUGUUAAACUGUUGCGCCCGGUCUUCCGAUUGCAUCCAAUGUAUUGAAAAUCAAUUGGGAAAAGUCUUCUAGAUCAAGCAUAGUUUGAAAAGCGAAGAUCUGCUGUCUAGGAGACGAAUAAAUAAGAUAUCGGGAGAUAAAAAAUUGAGCUACGGAGCAAUCAAGACGCGUCAGUUCGCGUCUUGGUUUUUUUUUUAAACGCUACGCCAUGUUGUAUUGAAAGUUGUCAUUUUUGCAAAGUAAAGCGCUCUUAUAUUUUCUAAGAAAAUAUGCUUUUAUUCCGGUCGUUUUUACGAGUAUGGAAAUGAGUUGCAACAUUUUUGGGAGCUCAAGGCUACUCGGGCUAUAGACAACGAAUGGACGUGAGGUGCUCGCGAGUGAGUCUCAAGGAGGAUGACAACGAUGCAAACUCCGAUAAAGACGCGUUCUCAGACCGCGGCAUCAGCAGAGGUGAAUGCGUUGGAGGCUGUGCUGCUGAAACUGCAGCAGCUGCUCGAGGAGAGACGAGAACAGUAACGCUUCCGUGGCGAGAUGGAAGCUCAUUUUCAGGAGCGCGAUGCAGUUCUAAGGCACCUGAACUAGCAACUUUCUCUAUCAACACAGUUAAGUUUUUCCAAUAACAUAAUUUUUUUCAACUUGAGUGAUACAACGCGAGUAACAGGCGCAAGUAUGAGGGUUGGAGUUUGAAAGUUCGAUACCUAGGACGAUAAAGUUACGCGAAUUUCUUUUACAAUAUUUGCUCAUCGCGCGUAAAUCAAUUGAGAGAGACGGACGAAGAAGAAGACAUAAAGAUAUGUCUUUCCAAGUCCCCUUUUUCCAAGAAAAUUGUUCUUACUUUGUCUUGCUUUCCCGGAUAUUUUAAAUUGCGUUACUGAUAAGGCUUCGAGAAGUCUUUCGGACGGUCUCUCUCACGGUUUUUGACCGUGAUUUUCUCACGAGACGGAGGGCAAAUGCUGAGGGGACAUUUAAAAAAUUGUUCCAUGGUAGUUAUUUUUUCCUCUUGAUCUCGAAGAAAGAAGAAAGAAGCUCUCAAGACUGAGAAACAAAUGCCAAGUGCGCAAGAAACCCUGGGCAAAAAACAGGUACGCAAGAAAGCCGGCGGAAAGUUUCCUUUGCAGUCCGGUAACAGCAGUUCAGAGGAUCGCAGAUUCCGUCCCCGGUAGCAUACAGUUGCAUGGGGAGGGGAUGAAGAACUAAGAGUAAGAACCAAUCAUAUACUGAGCAAUCACUUAUUCUUUAAUAUGAUUGGUCCUUGCCCUUAGUUCUUUAUCCCCUCCCCAUGCGACCGUAUGCUACCGGGGCCGGAAUCUACGAUCCUUGUUUCAGAGUAGGACAAGGAAGUUGCAAUAUUUUUGGAGGCUCGUUCGGGAUAGAGUCGACGACCGAGCGUGAGGUGUUGCAUGCUGACUGUGUUUCUGUUGCACACUUACUCCUGCACUCGUAAAACCGACCGGGAUAAAAAGCACAUAAAAAAAAAAAAACAACAAAAGCACUUUACUUCACAAAGACGACACCUUUCAAUAUAAAUGGUAGCGUUUUUAAAAAAAGCCGAAACGCGCGAAAUGACGUGUCUUGAUCGUUCUGUGGCUCGACUUCUUUUGUCUCCCAACAUCUUGUUUAUUCGUCUUCUGGACAUCAGAUCUUCGCUCUUCAAACUACGCUUGAGUUAGAAGGAUUGACAUUAAAAGGUUACAAUGGCACAUAUCGUUAUCAACAUUGAGUAUUUGAAAACUUGGAAUGGUAUUUUUAAGUUGCUGCAACUGAUGUUUGAUGCAAUUUGCAUAGGAAUCAUCAGUGAGUUGAAUAGUACCACAUACAUUAUAAAUACGAGAGAACUCUGUUUCCUUGUUAUAGCAAGUAGUUUUUUUAUUGGCACAUUUAUUAUUCUUAUCAGUUAUUUGGUGUCUUCUUUCACUGCAUCCAUUCUACCUCAAACAAUUUAUGAACGCCUUUAUAAUUUAUUUGCAUCUCUUAUACAUUUGAUAAUCUCAUUAGAGAUGAUAAUACAAAUACAUACGGCUGCUACAGUGUUUAAUUAUGGGGCAUUAUUAGCAGUUUCUAUUUGCGGUUUGUUAAACGUCAUUGCUUAUGGGUUCAGCACAACCAGCGCUUUUAUAUCAAAAUAAAAUAAUGGAAUAAAAUAACCACGAUAUGUAAAGAUUGAAAUUGAAUAGUAUUUUAUACAAAUAAUUUUUACAAGCUUAAUUGUGUAUUUUAUAAACUUUAUUUAUACGAAUCGAUGUGCAAACAUUGUACAACAAAUCCUGACUGUGAAAUUACAUUUGAUACUUGUAGAAAUUUAAUUAUUUUAAUUAAUUGUUGUUAAAUUAUUGUUAAAAUAUGUUAUACGUAAUUUGUCAAGUAUUUUUUUAUAAACACGUGAUUUUAGUGUAUAAAAUUUAAAAAACAUAAACGCAUUUAUUUUUCUUUAAUUUAUAAAUAUAAUAAUUUUAUAUUACAUUAAAAAAAAUUUUUUAAUAAAUAAUAAAAUUAUUUCGGUUUUCUUUUUUGCGUGUCUGUCAUUUGCCUAAAGCGAGCUGGCAAAGCAUUCCGAGUUCUGGCAUGAAUAGCACGUGCCAGAAAUAGAUAGUAAUUUCCCUUGUGUUGAAUGCUAUGCGGGGGGUGCAACGAGAUUCAAACUUUGUGGAUGCAUAGGUCUACACCCUCAGUCAGUUUAAAAGUAUCGCCAGUCAUGGUCGUACACUGUGUUCUCCUAAAAGUUGCUAUCAGUAAAUAGAAGUUAAACAUUGAAAAUAAUUAAACAUUGAAUUGUAAAAAUAUUAAAAUAUUAAAAUUUUCUAGUAAUGUCUUCAAUUUUUUUACUCUUAUAACCAUAUUAAAGAUAUUUUAUUAAUUAAUCUAUUUUGGUUUUUAUUUAUAAAUAAACUUUUUUUUAUCUAUUUGUAAAUUUGAUUAAAUUUAGUAUAAAACCGGAAAAAUUGGUUUUUAUGCUUAGAAUCUAUAUGCUAUCUGUGAACUGUGAAAAUAAUUUUAUUUUGUAUUGAACCGUUUUUUUAUUUUAAUUACUAUACAAUGAGAAAAUAGUUUAAAGAAGUUAUUUUUUAAUGUAAGUAGAGACAAUUGUUGUAAAUUUAAUUAUCCAAGAGAAAAAAAAGAAAAAGAAAGAAGAGAAAAAGGACGAGCAUUUAAAUACUAGGUGGAGCGAUUACAAUAAAGAACGUCGGAGAGAUCGUAAACGAAAUUGUUUAACAAACAUCACAAUUCAGUAUAAAAAAGAAACAUUAAAUUAAUUGUCUGCAAUAGAAAAUCAUAGACAUGAACAAUAGGGGACCUAUCAUCAGGAUGUCAUCUUCUGGUACGCAUCAUGCGGGUGGUAUUGGUUGCUGCUGUUUUAGAUGUUGUACGUGUAUACACGUGGAAUUCUUUAAAUCAUUGCCAGGAAUCAUAAAAAUUUGUGAAACGGUAAUCAGUGGAUUGAUUCAAAGUUUGCUCAUUAAUUAUGGCUUGAGAUAUAGUUCAACAAUUGGCUCGGCUUUUGAGGGAUCAUUGACCACGGCAUCCGCCUGUUUUCUUACUUCUGCUUUGUUACUUACUUGCUAUACAAUUUCCGAGAAAUCUUACAAGUUAAUUAAAUCAUCACUUUUUGAGGUGAUGUUCAAUUCUUUAGCCUGCUUCCUGUAUUUAAGCUCAUCAUCUUACUUGGCUUUUGCUACCAAAUUAUUUUUAAUGACCGAGUAUUAUUUAAGACCUGGCUUCGAUGUUUAUCCUGCCAUGACAGCCGCUUAUAUUUUAAGUGGUGUUGUGGGAGUAUUACAUGGCGCGGAUGCUUAUUUAUCCUUUGUACAUUACAAAACCGGAAGAUGAAUUACGAUAAUAUCAUGGAAAUACCAGCUUGUAUAAUUCUAUGACGAGAUGUGCAAUUAUAUAAAUAUCUACACAUGACAAUCUUUAAUAAUAUUCUAGAGCAUGGACUUCGAAGAAGAAUUAAGUGUUAGAUUGAUCAUUUAUUUAUCAAAUAAUAAUAGUAACAUUAUAAAAUACAUUAUUAAUUUUAAUAUAUAAGGUUAUAACAUAGUUAUUUAUUAAUAAUAUUAUUUUAUAAAUUAAUAAGUUUAACUUCUCAUGUGGGAAAUUCAUAUAGUAGACCAGUAUUGGAUAAUGGCGAGGUAUCAAUUCUGUACAGAAAAAUGUAUUUCAUAUUUCAAUACUGGCUCUGUACUGGAUCAGUGUUAAAGAAACAAUGUUUUGAUACUAGCCCGGUAUGUAGCUUGGUACAUACCGGGCUAGUACACAGACACACACACACACACAAACAAAUUCAGUUUCCGAUAAAAAAGUUAAUGUAUAAUUUACAAUAUAAAUAUACAGACUUUUAAAUUUAUACAUUCAGUGAGUAUAAAAAGUGUUUGAAGAGGGGAUAUUUUUUGAAACUUUAUUUUUAGAAAGUAAACUUUAAUUAAUAAUUUAUUAAUAUUACAGAUACAUUGUA